AUGCCUUUUAAAGCAUUUGAUACCUUCAAAGAAAAAAUUUUGAAACCUGGAAAGGAAGGAGUGAAGAACGCCGUGGGAGAUUCGUUGGGGAUUUUACAAAGAAAAAUCGAUGGGACCAAUGAUGAAGAAGAUAACACUGAGCUGAAUGAAGAAGGAAGGCCAGUGCAGACUUCCAGGCAGAGGCCCCCACUCUGCAACUGCCACUGCUGUGGCAUCCCCAAGCGUUACAUCAUUGCCAUUAUGAGUGGGCUGGGAUUCUGCAUUUCCUUUGGGAUUCGCUGCAAUCUUGGAGUUGCCAUUGUGGAAAUGGUCAACAACAGCACUGUAUAUGUUGACGGAAAACCAGAAAUUCAGACAGCACAGUUUAAUUGGGAUCCAGAGACAGUGGGCCUUAUCCAUGGAUCUUUUUUCUGGGGUUAUAUUGUGACACAAAUUCCAGGUGGUUUCAUUUCAAAUAAGUUUGCUGCUAACAGGGUCUUUGGAGCUGCCAUCUUCUUAACAUCAACCUUGAACAUGUUCAUCCCUUCUGCAGCCAGAGUGCAUUACGGCUGUGUCAUGGGUGUCAGAAUUUUGCAAGGUCUAGUGGAGGGUGUGACUUACCCAGCCUGCCACGGGAUGUGGAGUAAGUGGGCACCACCUUUGGAAAGAAGCCGACUGGCCACAACCUCUUUUUGUGGUUCCUAUGCGGGGGCAGUGAUUGCCAUGCCUCUGGCUGGGGUGUUGGUACAGUACAUUGGAUGGGCCUCUGUCUUUUAUAUUUAUGGUAUGUUUGGGAUUAUUUGGUACACAUUUUGGCUGCUGCAGGCCUAUGAAUGUCCCGCUGCUCACCCAACAAUAUCCAGUGAGGAGAGGACCUACAUAGAGACAAGUAUAGGAGAAGGAGCCAACGUGGUUAGUCUCAGUAAAUUUAACACACCAUGGAAAAAAUUUUUCACAUCGUUGCCAGUUUAUGCAAUCAUUGUGGCAAAUUUUUGCAGAAGCUGGACCUUUUAUUUGCUGUUAAUAAGUCAGCCUGCUUAUUUUGAAGAGGUCUUUGGAUUUGCAAUAAGUAAGGUGGGUCUCUUGUCAGCAGUUCCACACAUGGUUAUGACCAUCAUUGUGCCGAUUGGAGGACAACUGGCUGAUUAUUUAAGAAGCAGAAAAAUUUUGACCACAACUGCUGUCAGAAAAAUCAUGAACUGUGGAGGUUUUGGCAUGGAGGCAACCUUACUCCUGGUGGUUGGCUUUUCCCAUACCAAAGGGGUGGCCAUCUCCUUUCUGGUGCUUGCUGUAGGAUUUAGUGGCUUUGCUAUUUCAGGUUUUAAUGUCAACCACCUGGACAUUGCCCCGCGCUAUGCCAGCAUUCUCAUGGGGAUCUCAAAUGGAGUGGGAACUCUCUCUGGAAUGGUCUGUCCCCUCAUUGUCGGUGCAAUGACCAAGCACAAGACUCGUGAGGAAUGGCAGAAUGUGUUCCUCAUAGCUGCCCUGGUGCACUACAGUGGCGUGAUCUUCUAUGGGGUCUUUGCUUCUGGGGAGAAACAGGAAUGGGCUGACCCUGAGAAUCUCUCUGAGGAGAAGUGUGGAAUCAUUGACCAAGAUGAGUUAGCUGAGGAGACAGAACUCAACCAUGAGAGUUUUGCAAGUCCCAAAAAGAAGAUGUCUUAUGGUGCCACCACCCAGAAUUGUGAAGUCCAGAAGGAGAAAUGGAGAGGACAGAGAGGAGCGACCCUCGAUGAGGAAGAGCUGACGUCCUACCAGAAUGAAGAGGGAAACUUCUCAGACACAGCCUAG